CAACCACGGAUUUCCAAAACCAAUCGAGGGAGGUCUCCCCCCAGAGAAAAAUGGGAAGGGGGAAGAUCGAGAUCAAGCGGAUCGAAAACACCACUAACCGGCAGGUUACUUUCUGCAAGCGCCGCAACGGCUUACUCAAGAAGGCCUAUGAAUUAUCUGUCCUAUGUGAUGCAGAGGUAGCCCUCAUCGUCUUCUCCAGCCGCGGCCGCCUCUACGAAUAUGCCAACAACAGGUAUUGUAUUACUGUUUAAUUAAUUAAUUUCUCCUUGUUGAUCCUUUGUUUUCUUUUCUCAGCUUCUUCUAAGGUUUUGUUUUUCCCUUUUUGAAGGCCUACAAUUUAUUAAGUUAGAAUUAUGGUUCCUGGUUGCCAAGAUUUGAGCUCCUGCAAUAGAUCUUUAGGUGGAUUCAAGCACAAGAACAUAAUCAUUCUUCCUGCAGUUAGAGAUUUGAGUUUCUCUCUAACAAAGAUUCAUUUUUUUUUCUUUCCAUUUUGUUUUUUUCCCUCUGUGAGCUUUAUGGGUUUUCUUCUUUUUUGUGAUCCUUUUUUAGUUCAUAGUUUGUUGGAUACAUAGAUCCGUGGUAAUAGAUAGAAAUGGAAGGCUUACUGUUGUAGUAUAUAUGAACAAGUAGAGAUUUUGGGAAGGUAUGCAGGUCUGUGAGAUCAGCCUCUUAUCUCCUCCAUUGUUGUUAAAAUUUGCUGUUUCCUUUAUCUUUUUCUUCCAUUAUUCCUGUCUCUCUCUCUCUCUCUCUGGUACAUGUCAUGUGUAUGAGGUUAAGAAAGCGUAGAACAAAGCUGUCACUCUCUCAUUAGCCCAUUUCUCUCCAUCUCCUUGACACUUCCUUAAUAUCACGUCAGUUGAAAAUUACACACAUAAAGAAAAUAGAAGUACUAUGAGAAAGUUGUCACGUACCAUUUUUUCAAAAACCACAUUAGGGUUUCGAAAACAACUCAAAUGGGUUUCUCUUCAAACAUGUUAGAUCACCCUUUUCCAAGUUUCCAACCAACCACCGUCGUAAUGGGUCACAACCCAUCACACCCAGAUUAGGGUUUUUCCUAAUCCGCACGAUAUCUUCAAUGAUUUUUCUCAUCUCACGAUUUUUAAACACGUGAAAGACUACCACCAUUCACCAGUCAAACAAACCCAAAUUCGGUUUUAAUAGCAACCACAUGAGGUUUCUCAACUGGUUCCCAACUCUUAAUCUGGUAUUCCUUAGAACAAGUAAAAGACGCUUCCACAGCCAAUCAAACCAACCUAGGGUUUUCACUCAGUUUUGGAUUUUUUCCCGCUCCACAGAACAUGUGCUGGCUGGGGGUUCUGGUUAGGAAUCAACAGCAGAUUAGGUGGUGGGUGAUGAGUGAUGGUGGACCUGGUGGCGUAGUUUCUUAGUUACAGAAUCUUGGGUCACGUCACGCACGAUUUUUCAGUUCUUAAGACUUCUGACAAAAGAGUGGUCUCAUGAUUCCAAUAUUGGGGUUCUCUUUUUUUCAUCAAUCCGAACCCUAAUUUUAUCUCCAAAGGUGAAAACAGUCUCAUGGGUUUGCAUUUCUUGUGCUUAUAUAUACAUCUCUUUGGCUUUCUGGGUUGAACCUUUCACAAAGCCUCGGUAGCCCAAACACCAAAGAGAGCUGAGACAGAGUGAAAGAGAGAGUUGCACCAAUGAAAUUGCCUCUUCUGAGACUCGUCAUCAUCUCCCCACUGUAAGCACCAGUGAAUGAAAUUUGCGUUUGUUGAAGAUCUUGCAUAGAUAUAUUUAUGCAAGACCUUAGAGAGAGAAACAACGUACGAGCUCUCUGAGAGAGCCAAUGAGAGAGCUCUGAGCAUUUUGCUUCUUUCAUGCAUGGGAAACGUACAACAUUGGCUGCUCCUGAAUUGGACGGCUCUGAUCUGCUGUCCUUAGUCUUACACAUGACAGAAAAGACUCAGUUUUUAUUUCCUUUGAUCUAAAAAACCAUUUUUUUGAAUUCACCGAGGUGGGUAAAAGGACAAGGUUGAGGCGAUUACCCACUGGGUAACUGGGUUUCGGACACGUGUCUGAGAUCUGAGCGUUGAAAUGGUCCAGCCAAUCAUAGUGUGGAAACCAGUUCCAACGUGGCAGAGACAGCCAAUCAGUGGCUCGACGAAUUUAAGCAGUGUUAAAUCAACAAUUGAGAGGUAUAAGAAGGCAAGCGCUGAUUCCUCCAACACCGGGUCCGUUUCUGAAGCCAAUGCUCAGUUCUACCAGCAAGAAUCCUCCAAACUGCAUCAGCAGAUUCGUAAUUUGCAGAAUUCGAACAGGCACAUGCUGGGUGAGUCUCUGGGCUCCUUGAAUUUCAAGGACCUCAAGAGCCUGGAGAUUCGGUUAGAGAAAGGCAUAAGUAGAAUCAGAUCCAGAAAGAAUGAGCUGUUGUUUGCUGAGAUCGAGUAUAUGCAAAAGAGGGAAAUAGACUUGCAUAAUGAUAACCAGUAUCUCCGAGCAAGGAUAGCCGAGAAUGAGAGAAACGAACAGCAGAUGAGCUUGAUGCCAGGAGGAGCUAACUAUGAACUCAUGCCAUCUCAGCAGUUCGACUCUAGAAACUAUUUCCAACUAAAUGGACUGCAACCAAAUCAAUCAUACUCUCGCCAAGACCAACCAGCUCUUCAAUUAGUUUAAUAUGCUUCAAGGACCAGUAAUUUCUGCUGUUUUUAGUUUCUGUGGGGAUGAUCUAGUGCCUAGCGGAUGCAAGCUACAGAUUAUCUUGAGAAACACUAAAAAGCAGGGAUCAACUUUUCUCAAGUGGAGGAACUUAAUACUCUGACAAGUUAGUAUCUUUGUUGAUGGGCAUAGGUCACCCAAGUAUGUUGUUAGAGUGCUACUUCUCUACAUGUUUCACACUAUGACUCCAUGAAAGAUUCUACUGAUCGAUGUAGCUAUACUGAUCCUUUGUGUGCUUCUUUCUCCUUGUUAUAUUUGCUAGCAUGCCUGUUUUUCGUCA